AUGAAGGUCAUCUCCGUACCCCCUCCAUUGGGUCUCUGGACAACCGUACGUUCGGUUGGCGUAUUCAAUGUCGCUUGUUCAUUUGGUGCAUUAUGGGCCUUCGUCAAAGUCCUAAGGGUCCUUCGCUGGCGAUUGAAGACAACUCAACUGCAGGGUCCGCCUCGCACUAGUUUCAUAUAUGGUGUUUCGCACGACCUAACGUCAUCUAAAGAUAGUGGUGGAAUGUAUGAAUGUUGGGCGACAGAAUAUGGGGUAGCGUAUAUGAUUCCAAGCGUCCUCGGACAGACUAGAAUUACGCCCCUUUCGUUGGCGUUUCUGGAGAUAUCAAUCGGCAGAGGGCUACUAUGGUCUGAGCGUGAAGACCACAGGAGGCAGCGGAAGUCUCUCACACCAGCUUUCAGCAAUGCAGCGAUUCGGAAACUCACAUCAGUGUUUUACGACACAGCUUACAAGGCCAAAUGUGCAUGGGAUAAUGCUAUAGAAUCGGGCAAUGGUGGUGACGCUAUCAUCGAAGUUCAGAGCUGGAUGAAUCAUAUAUCUCUGGAUACGAUUGGCAUUGCUGGUUUCUCCCAUGAUUUUGGCUCGCUCGAUGGAAAGCGAGCCAGCGUGACCGAAGUGUUUGAUACUUUCGGAACCAGCCAACAGGCUUCAGCAGUGAACAAAAUCUUUACCUUGCUUGCGUCAGCGUUUCCUAUCAUUAUCAAGAUGCCCACUAAGCGGACAAAUUUGUUCAAGAAACUUAGUAUAACCAUGGGGAAAAUAUCCAGCGACUUAUUGAUUCGCAGCCGCAGGGAGAGCCAUAUAAAUAUGAGCGAGAGAGACGAAGAGAAGUCAAUCAUUGGAUUGUUGAUUAAAUCCGAAGGCCUGGAUGUCGAACUUCGUAUGUCGGAGGAGGAAGUAAUGGCUCGGAUGAAGGUCUUGCUUAUUGCUGGUUAUGAAACGACAUCUAUCAGUCUCACGUGGGCGCUGAUCGAGCUAUCGCGACACCUCGAUGUCCAAACCAGCCUCAGGGAGGAACUGCUUGCGUUUGGCGCCGAUCCGACAUAUGACCAAUUAAAAGCCAAUCUCCCAUACUUGGAUGCGAUUAUUCAUGAAAUUCUACGACUCCACCCUCCUGUAGGCGAGUUCACUCGUGUUGCAGCGGAAGACGACGUUAUUCCCUUGAGCGAACCUGUGCGCACGGAGUCCGGGGAAAUGGCGGACAGUAUAUCAAUAGCGAAAGAGACAUUGAUCACGAUAUCAAGCGCAGCGAUCAAUCGCUCUUCGACCAUCUGGGGACCUGACGCGAAGGAAUUCAAGCCUGAUCGUUGGCUGACUGAAGACGGCAUCAGUGGGAAGUCCAAGGAAGUCCAAGGUCAUAGGCAUCUCCUGACAUUCGUCGACGGCCCUAGGACGUGUCUUGGAAAAGAUUUUGCAAUCACAGAAUUUAAGACGGUUUUAUUGGUUCUGGUAAAGAACUUCGUGUUUGAGAUGCGUGAUGGACCUGAUACUCCAAUCGAAGUUGUGAGGGGGAUUUUACCCCGUCCACGUUGUUGGAGAGGACGGUAUCGGGGUACCUUUGAGAGUCCGUCGGUAUGA